CUAACAGCGGUGUAUUUAAUCCUCGGUGAAACCUGCUAGAAGUCGAUAUGUUAUGUGUCCUCCUUCCGAUUUCACUAUGGAUACGUCUCUUGGUAAUCUUCUGGAGUGCAUAGUAAUCUGCAGAUAUAAGUAAUGGAGUACGACCCUUUGGAGACUAUGAGUCCUAGUGAGCCAUUCAGCGACCAGAGGGUUGCUCAAAGCAUUUCAGUUGAAGGCGAAUCAACUUUUAGUCAUCAAAUACAGCCUUCAGGUAAAUGUGAAGAGAAAAGCACUGAGGGACCAAAAGGGGAUUCAAGUUUUCCCACUAAUUCUAUGCCACCUCUCCAACAAACAUGCAUUCCAUCAACCACUACACAAGGACAUUCUUUUGUUCGGAGGACAAUACACAGACCGGCAUAUUGCCAUCACUGUGGGGAAGUUAUUUGGGGGCUUUUAAGUAGUGGAUUUCAGUGUGAAAUCUGCAACCUACUUGCUCACGAACGCUGUCAGACCGUAGUAAGCUCUCCAUGUACAUCUGUGGCGCCCCUUCAUGUAAAGUCUCCAGUAUCUCAUUGUUGGUCAGAUUUGGGGCACUUCAAGCGGAAGUUUUGCAAUGUUUGUCGUAAACGUUUGGAAGACAGUCUUUCUGUGAGAUGUGAAGUUUGUGAAUACUACUGCCAUGUGGAUUGUCAAGAUUAUUCUAUCAAUGAUUGUAAACAAGGUGCAACAUGUUCUCCUGGUAAACCUGUGUGUUCACCGCGUCAAUCACAUCAUUGGAGGGAGGGGAAUUUACCAACCAACUCAAAGUGUUUUAUAUGCCGUAAAACAUGUUGGUCUUCUGAAUGUCUUACUGGUUAUCGUUGUCACUGGUGUGGUCGGACUGGUCAUGCAGGAUGUAUAGACAAAGUUGAAGAUGAGUGUGACUUCGGUCCAUUGCGUGAUAUCAUGUUACCAGCAUUCUGUGUUAGUCUUCCACGAAUAAAUAUUCCCAUUGAACAUGUUAUCGGUGUUACUAAACGUCCACAAGGUCGAGCUAUUUCAACGGAUUGGUCCAGUAGUGGCGAAAGCAAAGAGGAUAGUUGGCAGGAUACACGGUCGCCUAAAGAAGUUAUAGAUCAUGCUAGUAGUGACGAAUAUGUGUGCGUAUUCGAUGGUAUUGGAGCUUUGAAAAGGCGUUCAUGUCGAAGUUUUAGCUUUUCAAAAUCAAUGUCCACUUAUUCAGCUGUGAAAAGAUUUCUAAAAACAUUUCAUUUGGCUGGAACACCUGAUUAUUACAAUGUGUAUGAAGUUAACGAAUAUGAUGGGACUGAAAACAAGCUCAACUAUCAUGUUAACUUACGGAGUCAGUUAAGAUUUGAUUUGAAACAACCGUCAAUACUUAUACGAUCUAAAGAACCAGAAGAAUCGACACUAACGAUUAAAGUGUAUGCCGGUGAUCUUCGUCUGUUGCUUGCUCCGCAUGUACCACCAUACGAAGAGGUAACUAUCACUCCGGAGACUACGGCGGCAAAAGUUGUUGCAAUGGCAUUAAAUAACUUUGGCUGUGGACAUAUGAGUCCGGAUGACUGUUAUCUAAGCAGUGUAUGCAUUGAUCGAACUGUCAGUGAACAAUUAUUAAGCAAAGAUGAUAGACCAAUGGCACUAUUGGAUCAAUUACGCGAAGAAUCAGCGAGAAUAUCACAAUUUACACGAUUUGAAUUACGUUUUGUUGAAGAUCCACCGAUUGGACCAAGUGUAUCUCUAUUUGUUGGUAAUCUGAAAGAAAAUCUCUCUGAACGUCUAUAUGAACGUUUAUUAUUAGAGAAAUUAGGUGAAAAAUGUCGAUGGGAUUCAAUUGAUGUUAUUUAUUAUGAAAGUGGUUGUCUUGUCUUAAAUUAUCAUUCAAGUGAAAAAGCUGAACAAGCCUAUGAAUUGUUAAGUGAUUCUGUAUUUAUGGAUAAACCAUUAAUCGCAUUACUCCUACCAACUAUACAUCCACAAAAUUUACCUAAAGGUAUUCAACCAUUAUUGGUAUUUGUUAAUCUCAAGUCUGGUGGAUGUCAGGGGAUGGAUUUAAUUGUUGCUUUUCGUCGUUUACUUAAUCCAUUUCAAGUAUUUAACCUCGACUAUGGAGGUCCUCUACCAGGUCUAUAUUGUUUCCGUCAUUUAGUUUCAUAUAAAGUUCUUGUUUGUGGUGGAGAUGGUACAGUAGGCUGGACAUUAUCAUGCCUGGAUAUUGUUGGACAAGAUGCUGCAUGUAAUGCUCCACCGAUUGCUCCACUACCUCUUGGUACUGGAAAUGAUUUAUCACGUGUUCUUCGAUGGGGUUCUGGUUACUCAUCAGCUGAUGAUCCUUUAACUAUUCUCAAAGAUGUUGUCGCCGCAGAAGAAGUGAAAUUGGACCGUUGGACGCUGAUUGUUCGACCAGAAGAAGAUUUUAAAGAUGAAGCGAAAUUAGCCCUAGAGUUGCAAACUAAUGCAUCGAAUACAAAUGAAGAGAAUUCUAUUAUGAUUAUUAUGAAUAAUUAUUUCGGUAUUGGUAUUGAUGCUGAUUUAGCAUUAGACUUUCAUAAUGCACGAUCAGAGAAUCCAUCAAAAUUUAACAGCCGCAUUCAUAAUAAAGGUGUUUACUUCAAAAUUGGUCUACGAAAAAUGAUUAAUCGAACUGUGUGUAAAGAUUUGCAUAAACAAAUUGUAGUCGUUGCCGAUGGAAAGAUUGUAAUGUUACCGCCAAUUGAAGGCUUGGUUGUCCUGAAUAUCCUAUCUUGGGGCGGUGGAGCUAAUCCAUGGAGUGUUGAAAAAGACGAUGAAUUUGUAAAGCCUACACAUUAUGACGGUUUACUUGAAGUUGUCGGUAUCUCUGGUGUCGUUCAUAUGGGUCAAAUUUAUUCUGGUCUUGGAACUGGAAUUCGUCUUGCUCAAGCAGCACACUUGAAAAUUUUGCUCAAGUCUGAAUUACCUAUUCAAGUUGACGGUGAACCGUUUAUUCAUCCACCUGGUCAAAUCACUGUCCUACGAUCUGCAUUGAGAGCUAAUAUGUUGCGUAAAGUUAAACGACCUAAAAAACGUACUGGCAUAGAAGACUAUGGAGUAGGUCAAUUAUCAUCUGUAGAACAGUAUCAACAACAACAACAACAGCACCAUCACCACCAGUUACAAAGGCAUAGAAAGUUAACCCAACAACAUUCAAGUUCCCAGUUACCAGAUUUCACUUCAUUAGUUGAUUCAUCAACCUUAACAAAUACUUCAGAGUAUUCAAGACAAAAACCUCCAUUAUUCUCUGUAACUAAGAAGCCGGCAGACACAUUGGAUCCAGCGUACAUUAACAACAACAAGGACAAUAACAAUACACCGACAUGUAGUAGUCGACAGACAAUUAAACCAACUGUGGGGAAAUCAACAUCUAUCGUCUAUGAUGAUACGCCAAGUGCUGUGAAACUGGAUGAUAAUAGUAAUAAUAAUAAUAAUAGUAGUAAAAAUAAACACUUAGCUCAUGUUGACAGUGACUCCUCUGGUGAUGAUGAUGAUGAUGACGAUCAUGAUCGUGAUUCCAGUCUGUGUCAAACACUUGAUCAAAUAUGUUUAGAUGAUAUCGUCAAUAAUGACAAGAACAACUAA